GGUAGAUUACCCAUAGUUUAAAUGGAUUCUUCUGAACUACUACAUAUUAUGGGAUGGUACUUUGGUAGUCAGUCAAAAGUUUCCAAAGAGGACUUUCCUAGAAGCCCAGUGGACGUCAGCCAUCAAGUCUAAGAUACAUGCCAUUUGGUUUACACUGUACGUACACUGUCUCAAAGAACUGUCAGUGCAGACAUGGCAGAGCCAGACUUCCUCGAGUUACACAAUUUCCUCGCCAGUGACAUCAUAAGAACUCGAGAGGGUGGAACUGGAUGGAUGAUUGAUCUUGCGAUGAAUGCGAACAGGUGUAACCCCAAAACUUUUCUCCUCAAGACAAAGAAGUGCGACAGAUAUGGUAGCAUCGUGCUCGAGCCUGCCCUGUCUCCAGAGAACUACAUCAAUCCAAAGUCUGAAGGAAAAAGUGGCGGCUUUUUCAGCAUGUUCACAUCAAACAGUACUAAUAUAAGUAUCAACGAGUCACUGAGCGAAGAGUCAGUCAGAACAACUGUAGUGUCAGAGGCGUCAGCUGUUUCGCAACACAAGUACGCCUGCAUCAAAAGCACUGAUUAUAGUGGAAGGGUGAGGUUUCACAUCGCUCCGAAUGCAGGCUUUGGCGCGUCAAUGACUGGUACCAAAAGCAUGAGUAGCAGCGUGGAAGUCUUCUGCGAGGACUUGGUAACGAAGUCGGUCGACUUUGAAGACCUACGCAGUACAUUUGACAAACAUACCGUGAACAUCACCGCGACAAACAUAAGAGGAGAAAACAGCCUGUUUGUCAUCACUGAUGUUAUCGUAGCUGGCAAGAUUUCCUGGCAAGUCAAGCAAAAUGUGGAAUCUAAAAAGAGAGGAGGUGGAAAGGUUGAAGCAGAGCCUGUGAAUGUUGAGGCCGAAGGUGGAACCCUCAGUCAGCGUCCAGAAGAACACAGACAAGUAGUGAACAACGCCGUGCUGGCCCUCAAGUUGGCAAAGAUCUCUUACGACGAUCAAGGGAAGAUUGUUGGGAUGGAAAAAAGCGGAAGUAUUGAGGGGAACUACACCCUUGGACCUGGGACUGAGGAGAGACAGGGGCAAACCGCCAUCACAGUGCUUGGAAGUGGGGAAAACAGAAGGAAAGGCUCCCGUCUCACCAUUCGCUACAUCGGUCAGGAAAAGCCUGAUAGGGGUGGAAGAAGAAUGUUUUGGUCUUCUGCAGAUGUACAUGUAGAUCAGAUUGAUCUACUGAGCAUUUUGGAAACAGGAAAAUAUCAGCAUAAGUUUCAUGAACGUAUCCAACUACCUCUGAAGGGGCUUAUUGCAAGCAAGGAAUGCAAGCAUCACAAGCGAAUACCAUGGAAAAAAAAGAAGAGGGAAAGAAUUUAUUUGAAAAAGGUGGCUGUGACAGAUGUUGAAGCAGACAACACUUUCACUUGCAUCAGCAAUAACCAGUUGGAAAUUCCCAAAGAUGACUGGGUCUGGCUGGACUGCAGGCAGUGGAGGGAAUCACUGACUAACAAUGAAGUUCAAGUUGAUGUCAAGUUUGAAGGCUCAUCAAGGACACUGAAGGUAGAUGCAGAAGAUCCAGCCAUUGUCAUCAUGCACCAGAUGAGGGACAAGGUUCCUUGUCAUAAACAGGUCCUUACACACAAACGCAGAAGGAUCAUGUACCCAGCAAACACUAUCAAGGAUCUGGGCAUAAAAGAUGGGGACCAACUGGAACUGGAAAGCUCCCGAGAUACGAUUCCAGAUGUAUGGGAACAUAUCACGCUUCAAAAUGCCAGCUCAGCUCAGAAAAUCUCAGUUCAGAAAAUCAUGUCACUCCCCUUUCAAGACAUCCAGAGCAUUGUUUCAGCACACCCAGAACUGAAAAUGGAUGAAGCUAAAGUGAGGCAGACUCUGCAGGAAGAGCUUUCCAAAGAUGAAGAUGAUGACAUUUCACCCUUGGGCUUUCAACGGCUCAUGGAAGCUGUUGGCAAGAAGGUUGACCUUGAUGACAUCCUCAAGGCCAUUGUCGCUCAUGAAAACAGUUUUGAUGAUGAUUACGAGCUCAGUGUCUUGGAUAUGAUGACCUCAUCCCUUGAAGGCAAAAGCUUGUUCAAAGAUGGCGAUCUAAAGAUGGAUGCAACCACUGUAGAUCGGAUUGCCGAUCUCAGAUCUAGGAUCAUGAGGAGCCAACCUUUAGAGAACAGGAGCUGGUUGAAUGAUCAUGGUCUUCGGGUGCAUCGUCUGGGUGCAUCAAAUGUGGAUCAGGAUGUCCUUAGGAUCUUCAGGUCACUCAGCAUUGAGGAGCAAGAGUACAUGGAAAGAACAUCAUCUGAUUCAGAAGCUGAAGACACCAAAGAUGAUAGCUCACAAGACGUUGGUCAUCUUGAAGAGGGCAAGUUACCAGGGCCUCCAAAGCAGAUGACACUGCCAACCGUUCCUGGGUUCUCGGAAGCAGAAGUAGAAGAAGCCAGCCAACUCCUGCAAGGAUUGUUCUUUAAGAUGAAGUCCGAGGACCCAGAAAUUGCUGCGAGAGCAUCCGAGGUUGAUUGGGAGUCAGUCAACCGACGUCAUAUGAAUUGGUCAGAUGUACAGUUGUCUGGUCUUGAUGAUAUUGCAGAAAAUGACAAGUAUAAAGCCUUGGGACUGCUUAAGAGACAGAUGAGUGGAAAGGACAAGGAGAAGGAGGCUAACUCAAUGAGUAGUGUUGAAGAAAGGGUGCAGCUAGGGCCCAACCUUCCAGAUAGUGUUUCCUCUAUGGACAAUAGUCAUGGACUCGAGAAGUUCUCCUGAAUGUAGUAGGGAAAUGCAUCUUGUAUUUGCGCCUAAUUAAAGCUAAUGACCUUGCAGUGAAGCUUUUGAUAAGCUCAAUCGUGAAGUUUUUCAUACACCCAUAUAGUUAUAUAUAAAAGUUAUAUCACAUAUGCCUAGACUUUCAAGUUCUGAAACAAUGAUAGAAAAGCAUUGUUGAAGUUUCAUGAAAAUGUCUUGUUUAUUGACUGUUUUCUUUUGACUUGGUAAGUUUCUUUACUAUGAAUAGAAUAAAUAAUUGUAGAAUUUUGCAUUAAAACUUAAGAAUUUUUAGAAAUUAAGGAUAAGAAUUCUUAAAAUGUAGCUCAACUGUGAGUUAUAGACAUUUGUUUACUUAUACAUGUAGUCUUUUCUGACUUUUAGGAUAAGGAAUGUUCAAAUGUAGUUAAAUUAAUUUUCCAGGUGUGAGGGUGUUUGGGCUAACUUAUACAUGUAUCUCUUCUCCAUUUGUCGAAAUAUCAUAUCUUCAUAUGACUUUCAGUAAAUAUGUCCAGUUUAUGCUUUCUGAAUAUUGAAAAAUGUUGCGGGUAUGAUAAUUAACAGAGGGUGGUUAUCAAUCCGUCAGCCAUCUAGUCCAUUUGAGAAGCCAUCUGUCAGUUAAAAUUAAUCAUGCUCUGAUAUGCAAAUUAGCUAGUGUUUUACAAAAUAAUUAGGUUAUUGAAUUACAUUUUUAUU